AGUAAACAAAACAUUCCAAGCUCGACUGUCGACGUGUGUACACCUCGUUCUCAGCUGUAGUCUCGUAGUACGUGUCGUCUGUAGUCACCUAUCGUGUAGUAUUACCAGUAGGUGUAUAGUUCUGUGUAGUUAAACAUUAUGGGACAUCCAGUAAUAAACAGUUGUGCGCGAAUACAGCAGCGUGAGUGAGCAGACGACGCACAGCAAAUCGAUAGCUUCAGCUUUGAGGUUAUGUGCCAGUGAACUGUGUUAACCAUUGCUUUACUUUACUCUCACGAGCAUAAAUUAUCACGAUGUGAACAUUUUCUUAAAUUAGAGACUAAUGUGAAGAUUUCAUCCUCAGUGUGAUCAUAAACUUAGCAUUAGAACUGACUCAUUUUUGUGGAUACAGUUAUGCAUCUCAAACGUGUUAAGUUAGUGACAGCUUUAAUCAAUCGAUAAUUCUUCAGGAGAUGUUCAACUACAUUUCCUAUUUUAAUUUCGUAUUGGUAGCUUUAUAUAAUUGUAUUAACUUUUGUCCAGUCGCUUAAUGUAUCGUUAAAGAGCUGUUUUAAUAAUGCAAUUAUCUAUGUCACCAUUUCUUCAACUCCGGUCCUCCGGAGUGUGUCUGUUUGUCUCGGUGUACUUCUUCCUCUUCCUGAUCGCCAGCGUGGUUCUCUUCAGCCCGAUCUUCAGGACGAGUCUCGAUCAUAGACCCAUUUCGACCAACAGAAACUCCAGGAGUGUCUUCUCAGAGGACGAUUACGAGUGGGAGAACUCUCUCUUCCUGAACCUGAGUGGGUUCAGCUCUCUGAGCGGCGCCCCACGGGGCCUCCGGUGGCCCGUGACGUCGCCGGGGCCCAUAAAUUGCUCCACGCUUAACGAAGUCAAGGACUUGGAGUUUAUCGCCGCGGGGUGGACCAAGGCCGUGUACAAGGGGAUGUUCCGAGGAGAGCCCGUCGCCAUAAAGACGGUGAAUCUUAACGGCCACGACUUCCGCCAAUGUCAGGAGAGACAACCACAAGCUUCACUGGCCUCGUGUUACCGGAGGACUGCGGCCAAACUGCUCAAAGAGCUCAUCCUCCUCACCGAGCUCUCUCACGAGAAUAUCAUUAAGGUGGUGGGGUCGUGUGUACCAGACGCUGUGGGGCCAGUCGUCAUAGCGACGGAACUGGGAGACCCUUUGGAUACCGUGCAGUUGUUGCAGUUGUCAUGGGAACGACGCCUAAAGCUGGUGCAUGGAGUGGCCCGGCUGCUCUACCACUUGGCGCACUCACCCUUGGGGUCUCUGGCGAUGAACGAUCUACGUCGCCAACAGUUCGUGCUGGCGGACGGCGUUCUCAAGUUGUCUGACGUGGACGAUAUGGGUAUCGCUGAACCCUUCUGUCAGACCGACGCUGAUUGCAGUCAUCAUCUCCUCGCCAACAUUUCCAAUAGAGCCGCUGCGCCUUGCGUGGACGGCCAGUGUCGCGGCCACAACGAGCGACUGAAUGUGUGGCGCGCUGGACAGCACUUUGUGAAGCAGCUUUUACCCCUUCGAGCCCCCUCAUCUCUGGAACCACAAAUCCAACUGUUGUUGGAGGCUUAUAGUGAUACCUCCUGGAGCUCACAGAAGAUACUGACCGCCACGGAGAUGCUCUUGCAGACUUACUCAGCUGAUCACUCCAGCAGGAGCGAAACAAGACACUACAGACAUUUCCCUGACAGUGGGCUCGGAGCUCAGUUUGACUACUGGUGUCAACAGUCGGAGUCCCCCAUCGCCUGCAGACUUACUGUAGACAGUCAGAGGGAGGCGGUGUCUCUCUGCAACCUUGACCUUCAAUGUAGGGCGGUGGUCGUCGAACCCUUUCAGAGUCUGAAGGAUAAAAUACAAGUGACCCUUAAGAACGGGUUCUCGACGCCCUCCUCCGCGCCCGGUUCCUUGCUGCUUCUUAAACCCAGUUGAUCUCAAUCCUUCCUGCACCACAUCUCCCCUAGUCAUGUGCAGCAGCAACUGUUCUGUGAUAAAGACUUUUAUUGAAAUACAUCUCAAUGUGAUAUAGUGUUUUUGUUCGGUGUUAUUUUGUAGUGUCAACUUUAUGUUAUGAAUGUGAUACAGUACGAUGCCUAUUUUCAUAAUCUUGUCUAGCAACAAUAAUUGUGGCGAUGCCUAAACUUUUGUACUUACUAUGGUAAUUUAAAUGUGCUUAAUUGUGUGUGUACUUUUCGUAAAUAAAUAUAUUGAAUUUUU